AUGGGGGAUCCCGUUGUUAGAUCCAUUACAAAGAGAACAAAACUCGAAAGAUUCUCAUCAAUCCUCCCUGUCCCUCGCCUCCCAUACGGGCCGCUGCUCCUCAAUUCGACCCUGUCUGUCCCUCGCCUCCCAUACGGGCCGCUGCUCCUCGAUUCGACCCUGUCUGUCCCUUGCCUCCCAUACGGGCCGCUGCUCCUCAAUUCGACCCUGUCUGUCCCUCGCCUCCCAUACGGGCCGCUGCUCCUCGAUUCGACCCUGUCUGUCCCUCGCCUCCCAUACGGGCCGCUGCUCCUCGAUUCGACCCUGUCUGUCCCUCGCCUCCCAUACGGGCCGCUGCUCCUCGAUUCGACCCUGUCUGUCCCUCGCCUCCCAUACGGGCCGCUGCUCCUCGAUUCGACCCUGUCUGCCCCUCGCCUCCCAUACGGGCCGCUGCUCCUCGAUUCGACCCUGUCUGUCCCUCGCCUCCCAUACGGGCCGCUGCUCCUCGAUUCGACCCUGUCUGUCCCUUGCCUCCCAUACGGGCCGCUGCUCCUUGAUUUGACCCUGUCUACCCCUCGACUCCCAUACGGGCCGCUGCUCCUCGAUUCGACCCUGUCUGUCCCUCGCCUCCCAUAUGGGCCGCUGCUCCUUGAUUUGACCCUGUCUGCCCCUCGCCUCCCAUAUGGGCCGCUGCUCCUCGAUUCGACCCUGUCUGCCCCUCGCCUCCCAUACGGGCCGCUGCUCCUCGAUUCGAGCCUGUCUGUCCCUCUCCUCCCAUACGGGCCGCUGCUCCUCGAUUCGACCCUGUCUGCCCCUCGCCUCCCAUACGGGCCGCUGCUCCUCGAUUCGAGCCUGUCUGUCCCUCUCCUCCCAUACGGGCCGCUGCUCCUCGAUUCGACCCUGUCUGUCCCUCUCCUCCCAAUACGGGCCGCUGCUCCUCGAUUCGACCCUGUCUGCCCCUCGCCUCCCAUACUGGCCGCUGCUCCUCGAUUCGAGCCUGUCUGUCCCUCUCCUCCCAUACGGGCCGCUGCUCCUCGAUUCGACCCUGUCUGCCCCUCGCCUCCCAUACGGGCCGCUGCUCCUCGAUUCGACCCUGUCUGCCCCUCGCCUCCCAUACGGGCCGCUGCUCCUCAAUUCGACCCUGUCUGCCCCUCGCCUCCCAUACGGGCCGCUGCUCCUCGAUUCGACCCUGUCUGUCCCUCGCCUCCCAUACGGGCUGCUGCUCCUCAAUUGGACCCUGUCUGUCCCUUGCCUCUCAUACGGGCCUCAGCUCCUCGAUUCGACCCUGUCUGUCCCUCGCCUCCCAGACGGGCUGCUGCUCCUCAAUUUGACCCUGUCUAUCCCUUGCCUCCCAUACGGGCCUCUGCUCCUCGAUUCAACUCUGUCUAUCCCUCACCUCCCAUACGGGCCUCUGCUCCUCGAUUCAACCCUGUCUAUCCCUCGCCUCCCAUACGGGCCGCUGCUCCUCGAUUCGACCCUGUCUGUCCCUCGCCUCCCAUACAGGCCGCUGCUCCUCGAUUCGACCCUGUCUGUCCCUCGCCUCCCGUACGGGCCGCUGCUCCUCAAUUCGACCCUGUCUGUCCCUCGCCUCCCAUACGAGCCGCUGCUCCUCGAUUCAACCCUGUCUGUCCCUCGCCUCCCAUAUGGGCCGCUGCUCCUCGAUUCGGCCCGUUCGUCCGGGAAACUCGGAGCAGAAGACCCAAAUACAGGACCUGCUGUACCCCCCCAGACCCAAAUACAGGACCUGCUGUACCACCCCCAGACCCAAAUACAGGACCUGCUGUACCACCCCCAGACCCAAAUACAGGACCUGCUGUACCACCCCCAGACCCAAAUACAGGACCUGCUGUACCACCCCAGACCCAAGUACAGGACCUGCUGUACCACCCCCAGACCCCAGUACAGGACCUGCUGUACCACCCCCAGACCCCAGUACAGGACCUGCUGUACCACCCCCAGACCCCAGUACAGGACCUGCUGUACCACCCCCAGACCCCAGUACAGGACCUGCUGUACCACCCCCAGACCCCAGUACAGGACCUGCUGUACCACCCCCAGACCCCAGUACAGGACCUGCUGUACCCCCCCCAGACCCCAGUACAGGACCUGGCAGGCAAGAACUACACCAAAAUUCUGAUGCUCAAUGGGUUGAGUUACCGGCCGACACCAAGUGACUCCUACUUUAUCCUUAUUUCACUGCAGAACACACUGAGUGAUUAUUCCUAUUAUAUCAUUAUUAUCCGACCCCAGCGAGGGGAUCCCCAUGAAAGCAAUAAGCCCCAGUCUCCCCGUCCCUCCCUCAUGCAACAUAUCUGCCCCUGUCGGCCUUCGGAGCCCCCACCAUCCCUGAUUGAUGCUGGACAUGAUGAGGAGGAACUUGUGUCCUCCGGGGGAAGCCAUGUUUCUAAGGUAGCUUUGUUGGUGGUCAUAGCUCAAGAACUCAAGAACUAA